GUAAGUCCCGCGAACCUGUGCGCGUUCGUGUCGGGAUGCUGCGUUCAGUAGGGCACAGAAAGCACCGCGCCACUCCACGGACACACGCACCUGAGACUCACCUGCACAGAAAUGGAUGACGACGUUGCUGCCCUGGUUGUUGACAAUGGCUCCGGCAUGUGCAAGGCCGGUUUCGCCGGUGACGACGCCCCCCGUGCCGUCUUCCCCUCCAUCGUGGGUCGCCCCAGACAUCAGGGUGUGAUGGUGGGAAUGGGACAGAAGGACAGCUACGUGGGAGACGAAGCCCAGAGCAAGAGAGGCAUCCUGACCCUGAAAUACCCCAUCGAGCACGGCAUCGUCACCAACUGGGACGACAUGGAGAAGAUCUGGCAUCACACCUUCUACAACGAGCUCCGUGUUGCACCGGAGGAGCAUCCAGUCCUGCUGACCGAGGCUCCCCUCAACCCCAAGGCCAACAGGGAGAAGAUGACACAGAUCAUGUUCGAGACCUUCAACUGUCCUGCCAUGUAUGUGGCCAUCCAGGCCGUCCUGUCGCUGUACGCCUCCGGUCGUACCACAGGUAUUGUGAUGGACUCUGGUGAUGGUGUCAGCCACACUGUGCCAAUCUACGAGGGUUACGCUCUUCCUCACGCCAUCCUCCGUCUGGAUCUGGCUGGCAGAGAUCUGACUGACUAUCUGAUGAAGAUCCUCACUGAGCGAGGCUACAGCUUCACCACCACUGCUGAGCGUGAGAUCGUGCGAGACAUUAAGGAGAAGCUGUGCUAUGUGGGUCUGGACUUCGAACAGGAGAUGCAGACCGCAUCCUCCUCUUCCUCUCUGGAGAAGAGCUACGAGCUUCCUGACGGACAGGUCAUCACCAUCGGCAACGAGAGAUUCCGCUGCCCAGAGACGCUGUUCCAGCCUUCCUUCAUCGGAAUGGAGUCAUGUGGCAUUCACGAGACGACCUUCAACAGCAUCAUGAAGUGCGACGUGGACAUCCGUAAGGACCUGUACGCCAACACUGUGCUGUCCGGUGGCACCACCAUGUACCCCGGCAUCGCUGACCGCAUGCAGAAGGAGAUCACCGCCCUGGCCCCACCCACCAUGAAAAUCAAGAUCAUCGCUCCCCCAGAGAGGAAGUACUCCGUCUGGAUCGGCGGCUCCAUCCUGGCCUCCCUCUCCACCUUCCAGCAGAUGUGGAUCAGCAAGCAGGAGUACGACGAGUCCGGCCCCGCCAUCGUCCAUCGCAAGUGCUUCUAGGAAGCUACCCUAGCCACACCGUCCGUCUCCUCUACCCCAAGUUUAAACAGACUAAAAGUAACAAGAUGUCACACAGAAGAUUAAUAGGGAGACUGUUUCUAUCUGAACCUCUGUUCUUCUAACUCACAGCUUUCACUCUUUCUGGUGAUUAACUACUGAUGGUCAAAAAACAAACAAACAGUAUUAUCACUGCACAUCUUUUUUUCUUCCUUUUUUAAAAUUGAAUGCAAUAAAUUGCAAUAUUCUGCUUUUCUUCUAACCCGUUCUGUCUGUUGACUGUCGGUGUCGAACUGUAUCAAUAUUCAACAGGAGUGUUCACUGAUCAAUAAAAUG